AUGAGCCAGACAGAAGUGCAAACAGGUGCUUCGAAUCAAGAAGUGUUUCUAAAAGCUGUGAGGAAAGGCGAUACCACGGAACUACAAAAAAUUCUUCAGCGAUGGGAAGGUGCAUUAAAUGUAAACUUUUACGAUAAAGAAGGCCAGACAGCUUUACAUCAGAGCUGCAUGGACGGAAACCUUGAAUUGGUAAAGCUUUUAGUAAAGUUCGGUGCUGAUGUUCGGUUAGCAAAUAGAGACGGCUGGAGUGCUCUGCAUAUUGCAGCUUACGGUGGACACCAGGACAUAGCGUUAUACUUAAUUGCCAAUUCUAGAAGAUAA